AUGUGGUGGACAUUGCUAUUCCUCGUCGGUAUAGUCGGCUUCGAACUUGAUGCAGAAGAGUCCACGGUCUCCGAAGUCUCUGAUUGCCUGCUAGCCAUCGCUGAGAAGUACCUGGACAGGCACUGCUUGGCGUUUCUCUUCCCUCUCAACUUCAGUUCCCCCAGCCUCGUCAACGUCCCUCCGCUUGUGAGAUCCUCUCUGCUGAGGAAGAUGGGCGACAGGUGGGCUUCCUAUCUCCCUGUGGUCAACCCUUACAAGAUGUUCAACCCAUUUAUGGAGCCUAAGCCAGGACCACUCCGCAUGCUUCAUUGCGCUCAUGUAAUCAUCCUAGACAAGACAGAUUCUCUCCUAGAUCAAAUAGAAGAGAUUCUGUACAAGUUCUACAGUCAUUAUUACAUGCACGGUGGCUGGGAAAAGACUAGAAUGGUUGUGGCAGUUUCUAGUCCCGUAGAGGAAUCUGAAAUUUAUGAGUUGCUUUUCUAUAUAUUUAUAAGGGGAGACCUGGACGUGAUUUUUGUCGGUAUCCUAGACAACACUGUUACCGUUUCAACGUUCUUCCCUUUCGGUAAAAGCAGGAAUAGUUGUCCUGAAAAUAAUAACAGCACCGAAAUACUAGACUUUUGGAUGAAUGGAACGUUUAUCAGAAACGAAAACUUAUUCCCCGAAAAACUGCCCGAAAAAUUCAAUAGUUGUACGAUGAAAGUUGGAACUUAUCAUAAUCCUCCUUAUUUUAUUGUUAACGAAGCAGGCAAACCUUCUGGAGGUAUUGAAUAUGGCGUGGUCGAGAUCAUUGCUGAGCACUUAGGAAUGAAGAUCGAUUAUCGCAUCUACAAUCGAUCCGACGCCUGGCUUUGGAUGGAAAAAGACGGCCCCAAGGGACUAAGCACCGACCUGAGGCUGGGCCACGUGUGGCUCACUGUGUCCGGCGACAAAAACUUGGUGUUUACAUUCCCAUCUCUUAUAAUUCCCCACCCUUUCAUGACUGAGCACAUAUGUUUCUUUUUUAAGAAUCCCAAAGACGUCGCCACCUGGAAGUUGAUUUUUGUCGGGUUUAAUGAGAUUCUAUGGAUAAUAUUAAUUGCGACUGCAUUCGCUUUUCCCUGCUGCUUAUUUUUACUAGCAAGAUUUCAAAACUACCAACAUCCUUUUAAGAAGUUUUCUAUUUCUUUGAUGUCUUCAUAUGCACUAUUAUUAUCGUUUCCUUCUAGCGUAGAUCCGCGAACGAUAAUAUUUCGUUUAGCUUUUGCGACCUGGCUGUUUUACACAAUUCAUAUAAAUCUUGCAUAUUCGGCAACGCUCAAAAGUCUCUUGACAACUGGCAAAACGGAACCUAUAAUGAAUUCUUUCGAACAGCUUCUGGAAGAAAACUUAAAAACGGCGGUUACACAAAAUGUACUCUAUCAAACUGGCCAAAUGGACGAACCUGUCAUAAAAGAGAUUUUGGCGAAUCAUUUAGUAGUUGAAGGCUAUAAAGUUAUUUAUCAUCAACUAAAAAAAUACGGCAACUUAUCUUUCCUUGAUAUGGAUUUACCGUUUUCCUACACUGUCAAGAAAAAUAACCUAUCGAUGUACAAGUCAGAUCUGUGCCUGCGCUUCUUCUACCUUGGGAUCAUGAUGAGGAGGAACCAUUUCAUAAUCCAGAAGGUGGCUGAUCUGUCGUUCCGGAUCACCCAGAGCGGCUUCCCGGCGAAGUUCAUCAAGGACUACGUGGAGGUGCCCAACAAGCCAACCCAAGUCAAGUUGCGAGCCUUCUCCAUCGUCGAUCUUUCUGGACCGUUCCUUAUUCUAAUUAUUGGUUGUGUUUUAGCCUUAGGGUUGUUUUUAGGUGAAGUAACUGUUUAUUCAGUAAAAGCUAAUUUAAGAAAACGGUCUAUUAGACGUUUUGAAGAUGAAAUAUUUUAA